AAACACGCAAGAUGAGCGCAGCUCCUCGACGCUUGUAUAUAGUUUGCACACGAGAGUGGGGAACAAGGGGGAACGCGACAGGGGAGAAACAAGAGAAGGGCACAAUGUGUAUAGCUACAUGGAUUUGGCAAUCUCACCCCGUUUACCAACUCCUCCUCCUCUUAAAUCGGGACGAAUACCACACAAGGCCUACGAAGCCAGUGGAGUGGUGGGGUGAAGGGGAUCGGAAGAUGAUACUCGGAGGGAGAGAUGAAUUGGCCGGGGGUACAUGGUUGGGUUGCACAAGAGAUGGGAGAUUCGCUUUUCUUACUAAUUUUAGGGAGCCUGGCCCUCUCCCUGUUGCAAAAUCAAGAGGGGUUUUGCCUCUUAGGUUUCUGCAGAACAAUCAGAGCCCGUUGGAUUGUGCGGCGGAAAUAGCCAAGGAAGCUGAUGAGUACAAUGGAUUUAACCUGGUAUUGGCUGACGUGCACGCGAAAACCAUGGUUUACAUUUCCAACAGGCCGAAGGGAGAGCCGGUGAUUCGAGUGGUUCCUCCUGGUCUUCACGUGCUUUCAAAUGCAAAUUUGGACACUCCUUGGCCCAAGGCGCAACGCUUGAGUAAGAACUUCGACGAAUCUGUCAGAAGGAAUGGGGGAGAAGAAAUCCCUCUGAGCCAGAUGGUUCACGAAUUGAUGGAAGACACUGCAAAAGCUGAUUGGUCCAUGUUGCCGCAAACCGGUUGCGAUCCCGAGUGGGAAUACGACCUAAGUUCUAUAUUUAUCGACACUGACACGAAGGGUCGGUAUGGAACUCGAAGCAUGGCCGCGAUCUCAGUUAAAGCACAGGGAGAGGUAGAUUUUUAUGAGAGGUACCUAGAGAACAGCUUGUGGAAGGAGCACCUUACUCACUACUGCAUAGAAAAGCUGCAAUAGAUGAAAUUCUAACAUACAUCUCAAGUAAAAAAUUUCACGAGAAACUCGGCAAUGCACAUUUCUUCUCAGUUAAUGUAUCUUUGAGAGAUCAUUUGCUGGUUUAAGGCUUUUUGUUCUAACUGUUUGACUUAUUUGGUUUAGCUGUUGUAUAAUAUCCAUGAAAUAGAAACAAUAAUUGACCGUUACAAUUGGAAUUUUUCAUGUGAACAAAAUAUUAUCUUCUUUUACUA